AUGAGCAAAAUACCCACUCGUCAACUACCGGCAAGACAAAGAAGGUCUGCGAUUGAUGAGACGCUCUACCUCCUGGAAGGUGAAGGCAUAUCAUCGCCUGUAAGUUAUGCAAAAUAACGCUGUUAUACCUUUCAGGAGCCGCAGGAGGAGGCCAAUGAUUCUUUCGAGACGAUCCCCUUGGGUAAUGAGAUACCGACAACAGUGCCUAAGGAGAAUGAUAAUGAAGACAUUCUGCUGCUCAUGUGUAAGCACAUGCGGGCACUGUCUUUGAAAAUGGACAUCUUGAUGGAAACAAAUCGCAAAGUCCUAGGACGUCAGCGGCUAUUGGAAUCGAUGAUUCAACAGCAAGCUAAAACUGCGGGAUAGGUAGCUUCUCAGCUGCCCAUGAACCCGCUAGACCACCAAAUACGUUCCGGUGCAGAGUUUCGGAACUUAAAUUUCCAAUUACUGGACAACGUAUUCAGAAACCAGCUGCUAUGCAAAACAUUAAAUAAAACCCUAUUGCUUUAGACUUCGUUCCUUACAUGCCUUGGAGGGCAUAAUCCAGACGAAUUCGUCAAGCGAAUAUUCUUCGCUAUCUUCGACGAGGAAAUUAGCUUGUAUGUCAAUUUCAAGGGCAGAAAGACUAAAGAGCGCCUCAGCGGUUCAAAACUAUAUGAGGUUAUACUUGGUAAGUCUGCGGUUACUUACAACUCUACAGCAUGCAGAAGUCUUCGGAGCAUGGAAUACCGAUAGGAGCGUAAAGUUGUCUGACCUGGAGUCAGCAAUAACCAAGCGCCUAAAAAGGUCGCUGGAUAGCUACGUGCAACGAAAAAAACACGUCACAAGAAAACCGAGAUGA